AUGAAUCGCCAGCCAAGUUCACAGUCCCCGCAGAAACCGCCAAGAAUAAACGGAAACCAACCAGGUGGACCAUCAAAUGCCGACUUAGCAAGUAUCUUUGAAUGCCCUGUGUGUUUUGAUUAUGUUUUGCCUCCUAUUCUUCAAUGUAGUAGCGGUCAUUUAGUUUGCUCGAACUGCCGCCCUAAGUUAUCAUGCUGUCCGACAUGUCGUGGUCCUCUAGGAAGUAUUCGAAAUUUAGCCAUGGAGAAAGUUGCGAACACGGUUUCUUUUCCUUGCAAAUAUGCCUCAGCUGGCUGCGAAGUUAACUUGCCACACACUGAAAAACCAGAACACGAAGAAUCCUGUGAAUUUCGACCCUACUCUUGUCCUUGUCCAGGAGCUUCGUGUAAAUGGCAGGGAUCUUUGGACUCAGUAAUGCCUCAUCUUAUGCACGCCCAUAAAUCUAUCACAACUCUUCAAGGAGAAGACAUUGUUUUCCUUGCUACUGACAUAAAUCUUCCCGGAGCUGUUGACUGGGUGAUGAUGCAGUCCUGUUUUGGACAUCACUUCAUGCUUGUACUAGAAAAACAAGAGAAAUACGAAGGACUCCAACAGUUUUAUGCCAUUGUUCAGUUAAUUGGAACACGUAAACAAGCUGAAAACUUUGUAUAUCGACUAGAAUUGAAUGGAAAUAGAAGGCGAUUAGCUUGGGAAGCAACUCCAAGAAGUAUCCAUGAGGGAAUUGCUUCUGCUAUUUUAAACAGUGAUUGUCUUGUGUUUGAUACCAAUAUUGCACAUUUGUUUGCUGAUAAUGGAAAUCUUGGUAUCAAUGUUACCAUAUCAAUGGUCAGUUGA